CAUAGAAAACGACAUAUACAGAGACUCACGCAAAUAACAAAUGAGCCAAUGACACAGCACGCCCGUCAUCUUCCCCUCCCCUCAGGCUGCGCCUGCUCCACCUCAUUAAACACAUAGAGAGGGACUACAUAGAUAGAAAGAGAGAAAGAUAUGGAGUUGUCUCAUGUCUGAAUAUAACAAUCUCUGACCGUUCUUGUCAUAUCAAGAAAACAAAACUAAUCUCUCACACUCUCUCUUUCUUUCUUAUUUCUUGAUCAUCUCCGUUUCUGUAUGGGUUGUCGAGAUAUUCUGUUGACUUUCUCCGUCGCUCUCUUACUCAUAUCUCUCUUCCAGAUCUGGCUUUUCCGGGAAGGACGAACAGUUCCAGAACUAUCGGAAGACCAACUCGGGUCGACCAAGAACAAGAAGGACGACGAAGAUGUUCAUCAACGACUCUACCAAAAGUACUUCAAGGGAAGAUCGUUUAGUGUGAAGAGCAACAACAAUCACUUUCGCUUUGAAGAUUCCAAUAGAAGGAUCCCUAGUUCCCCAGAUCGCCUUCACAACUAGUUAGUUCGUGUCUUCUUUAGCUUUCUAUAUAUAUAUUCUUUUAUUGUCUUCCUUCUUCUUUUGGACUCUUACCUCAUUUUGUUAGUAUGUAUUAUUCGUAAAAUUGUUAUCUAGAUAUUCUACUAAGAAACGAGAGCAUUUUGUUUAGUUAGUUUUCAGAUCAAAGGAUACGGUAAAUUAAACUCCGUAACUAUGUAAACACUUGAUGAGAAAAAAAUAUUGAUUCACUUUUGUCUCA